UGGCCUCAGGCUACGUUUGCCGUCAGAGGGGAAACAGGAAGCCGACGGGUGUGUACUGCAAUUCCAACCUCCCACUUUUUCUACCUGCCUUUUCUUUCCCCGACCAAAGAAGCGCUGGAUACACCUCGUCCUGUCUACUUCCUUCACAGCAGGGUAAAUGGCCUCUGGAAUAGCGGUUCACGAUGAUGUCGUUCACACGUUUGACAAGAUCAGAGUACGCCUCCAGGGGGCUGACAAGCAGGAGCAGCUGAAGCUGGUGCUCUUCAAGAUCAGCGACGACGGGAAAUGUAUCAUCGUGGACGAGGACAAAUGCCUGAAGGUCAAGGACCUGAACGGGGAGGAGGACGUAUUCAGGAAGAUCGUCAACAUGAUGCCAACGGAGGACUGCCGCUAUGCCCUGUACGACUGUUCCUGGGAGAGCAAGGACAGCCCCAAAGAGGCGCUAUGCCCUGUACGACUGCUCCUGGGAGAGCAAGGACAGCCCCAAAGAGGCGCUAUGCCCUGUACGACUGCUCCUGGGAGAGCAAGGACAGCCCCAAAGAGGCGCUAUGCCCUGUACGACUGCUCCUGGGAGAGCAAGGACAGCCCCAAAGAGGCGCUAUGCCCUGUACGACUGCUCCUGGGAGAGCAAGGACAGCCCCAAAGAGGCGCUAUGCCCUGUACGACUGCUCCUGGGAGAGCAAGGACAGCCCCAAAGAGGCGCUAUGCCCUGUACGACUGUUCCUGGGAGAGCAAGGACAGCCCCAAAGAGGCGCUAUGCCCUGUACGACUGCUCCUGGGAGAGCAAGGACAGCCCCAAAGAGGCGCUAUGCCCUGUACGACUGUUCCUGGGAGAGCAAGGACAGCCCCAAAGAGGCGCUAUGCCCUGUACGACUGCUCCUGGGAGAGCAAGGACAGCCCCAAAGAGGCGCUAUGCCCUGUACGACUGUUCCUGGGAGAGCAAGGACAGCCCCAAAGAGGCGCUAUGCCCUGUACGACUGUUCCUGGGAGAGCAAGGACAGCCCCAAAGAGGACCUGGUCUUCAUCAUGUGGGCCCCAGAACACUCAACUAUCAAAAAGAAAAUGAAAUACGCCAGCUCAAAGCAAUACAUUAAAGCAAAGUUCCAAGGUCUGAAGUUUGAGUGGCAGGUGAACGACAUGUCAGACGCCAAAGACAGCUCUGUGUUCAUCGAUAAACUGGGAGGGAGAGGAGUCGU